AUUUAACACUCAGAUGUUGGAUUGAAGUAAAGGUGUGUCCUGCUGUAAUCUGGAGAAGGAGACGUGAGCUCCAACAUGAGUGUGUCUGGAAAACAGGACUUAAAGAAAGACGAGAGAAUGAUGGAGGGAAAGAGAUCAGACUCACCAGAACCCAGCUGUGUGUCCAUGAAGAGUGACGUGUCAAUAGACCAUCCAAUUACCUUCAGAGACAGAGACAGUUCUACUGAUCUGAGACCACAAAAGAAGAAAUCAAACAUCAGCAAACAUCAGUUAGAGUCCAUAUUCAAGGAGCUGGAACACAAAGUCAUCACUCUGAUAAAGAAUGAGCUGAAGAGGUUUAGGAAGCUCCUGAGUCCAGAUUACCCAGCAUGCACUGAGAGGGAGGUGGAGGAUGAGGAGGAUCUGCACAGUGUGAGAGAGGGAGCGCUGAAGAUCACACUGCACGUCCUGAAGAACAUGAACCACACGGAUCUCGCUAACACACUGCACAACAAGUCUGUGGCCUCUGUGUAUCAGCAAGAGCUCAAAUCCAACCUGAGAGAGAAGUUUAACAGAAUUAAUGAAGGAAUCUCUCAGCAUGGAAGCUCAGUUCUUCUGAAUGAGAUCUACGCAGAGCUCUACAUCACAGAGGGUUGGAGUGGAGACGUCAAUAAUGAACAUGAGGUGAGACAGAUUGAGACAGCGUCCAGGAGACCAGCAACACAGGAGACACCCAUCAAAUGUAAUGACCUCUUUAAAGACAAGUCUAUAAGAAGUGUGCUGACUAAAGGAGUUGCUGGAAUUGGAAAAACAGUCUCCGUGCAGAAGUUCAUUCUGGACUGGGCUGAAGGAAAAGCAAAUCAGGACAUCUUCUUCGUGUUUCCACUUCCCUUUAGAGAGCUGAAUUUGAUGAAGCAGAAAAAACUCACUCUGAUGAGUCUUCUUCAUCACUUUUUCCCAGAAAUGAGAAAACUAGAAUUAAUAGACUGUGAGUCCUACAAAGUGGUGUUGAUCUUUGAUGGUCUGGAUGAGUGUCGACUUCCUCUAAAUUUCCAGAACAAUGAGAGAUUGUGUGAUGUGACAGAGUCAGCCUCAGUGGAUGUUCUGCUGACAAACCUCAUCAAGGGGAACCUGCUUCCCUCUGCUCUCCUCUGGAUAACCUCUCGACCAGGAGCAGCCAAUCAGAUCCCUCCUGAGUGUGUAGACCAGGUAACAGAGGUACGAGGCUUCAGUGAUCCUCAGAAAGAGGAGUAUUUCAGGAAGAGGAUCAGUGAUCAGAGCCUGGCCAAUAAAAUCAUCAGACACAUGGAGUCUUCACGAAGCCUCUACAUCAUGUGCCACAUCCCAGUCUUCUGCUGGAUCUCAGCCACUGUUCUAGAGAGAAUGUUGGGUGAAGCAGAGAGUGGAGAGAUCCCCAAGACUCUGACUCAAAUGUUCACACACUUCCUGAUCUUUCAGAUCAAACACAAGGACCAAAAGUACCAUCAGAAAUGUGACCGUGAUCCUCAGCAGACCAGAGAGAGUAUCCUGGCACUGGGAAAACUGGCUUUCCAACAGCUGGAGAAAGGAAACCUGAUCUUCUAUGAGGAAGACCUGAGAGAGUGUGUCAUUGAUGUCAGAGAAGCUUCAGUGUACUCAGGAGUGUGUACCCAAAUCUUCAGAGAGGAGUUUGGGCUUCACCUGGGGAAGGUGUUCAGCUUUGUACACCUGAGUGUUCAGGAGUUUCUGGCUGCUUUAUACGCAUUUCUCUCAUUUAUCUUUAAAAAGAGAAAUGUUUUUGUGGAGCAAAACACUAGCAUUUUUCAUGUCUUCAGAAAGUCCAACAUGUGUGAUUUCCUCAGGAGUGCAGUGGACAAGGCCUUACAGAGUGAGAAUGGACACCUGGACCUGUUCCUCCGCUUCCUUCUGGGUCUCUCACUGGAGUCCAAUCAGACUCUCUUACGAGGCUUAAUGCCACAGACAGGAAGCAGCUCUCACAGCAAACAGGAAACAGUCGAGUACAUCAAGAAGAAGAUCAGGAAGAAUCCAUCUCCAGAGAAAUCCAUCAGUCUGUUCCACUGUCUGAAUGAACUGAAUGAUCAUUCUCUAGUGCAGGAAGUACAAACUUACCUGAAUAAAACCUGGUGCCCCCGUCUCAGUGGAUUCAGACUCUCUCCUGCUCAGUGGUCAGCUCUGGUGUUUAUGUUACUGAACUCAGAACAGCAGCUGGAGGAGUUUAAAUUGAGGAAAUAUGACCAAUCAGAGGAAUGUUUUGUGAAGCUGCUGCCAGUGGUCAAAGCCUCCAGAAAAGCUGUUGUGACUGGGUUUAAACUCUCAGAGGAAAGCUGUAGAGCUCUGUCCUCAGUACUUAGCUCAAACUCCUCCAAUCUGAGAGAACUGGACCUGUGUAACAGUUCCCUCUGCGAUUCAGGAGUGAAGCUGCUCUCUGCUGGACUGGAGAAUCCACACUGUACACUGGAGAAACUGGGGUUGCGUGCGUGUGAUCUGACAGAGGAAAGCUGUAGAGCUCUGUCCUCAGUUCUCACCUCAAACUCCUCCAGUCUGAGAGAACUGAACCUGAGUGUCAAUACACUGCUGCAGGAUUCAGGAGUGAAGCUGCUCUCUGCUGCACUGAAGAAUCCACACUGUAAACUGGAGAAACUGGAGAUGUCUCACUGCAGAAUUACAGAUGAAGGUUGUGCUGCUUUGGCUUCAGCUCUGAGGUCAAACUCCUCAUCACACCUGAGAGAACUGAACCUGGAAUACAAUGAAGCAGGAGAAUCAGGAGUGAAGCUGCUCUCUGAUCUACUGAAGGAUCCACACUGUACACUGGAGACACUGCACAUCUAGAUGUAUUUCAUCACCAGGACUAACAGAAGAGUCAUCUCAAACGUCUCGUCCAGGCAAAAGCAGAUUUGGUGAAGCGUUUAAAACAGUUUGGGAGCUGAAUCAUUCAUACUGUUCCACAACAAUAACUACACAACAAUUACUCACAACAGAGAGAUAUCUGUCAGGUGGGGUGUGGCGAAGUGGACCCACAUGCAGAGUGAGGAGGCAAGUUAAAGUUUAAAUGUUUAAUGAAGCUUAAUGACUAAUCACAGUCACAUAAAACUCAGAACACUUGGUAGUAAACAUCUCCCAAGAAAACACUAGGUCUUAGUCUAUGGGUUGGUGUCCACAGAUUAGUCAAUGACAAAAAUCCAGUGAACACAGUCUCGUUACCAGCAGCACAAUGACGUCAGGAACCAGGAAGUCCGUAAAAUCCGAAGGACAGAGCAAGAUCAAAGCCAAAACACAAACCAAGUCUGAGCUGGGAGACGUGAAAGGUGAACGUUAUCAUCACAUCACAAAGAUUACAGGAAGACAGAUCCAUUUAAUUUAUUCUAAACCCAGCUCCAGCACUGACACCUUAUUGGUGGAAAUGUGUUAAUAAUAUGAACAAAUGAAAAAUAUGAUUCUACAUGAAACAGUGUAUUUGGAUUUUUAUUGAUCAAAUCUCACAUCUUAACCACUGUAUUUAAAAGUAUAAUUUUAAAAGAUAUAACUGCAUCAAGCUUUGACUGUUAAAGAUAUUUAAACAUUUUAUAAACUGUAACUAAUAAAACAUCUUGUACAUAUACUGUAUGUAAACCUGUCUAAUGAAAUUUUCGAUAUUUUGAUAUAUUCGUCUGUGGUGUGUGCAGUACAAAAUAAACGCCUGUGACUGAAACAGAACAGUGUAGAUGCUGGAGGUGUGUUUGAUUACAAACCUCUCUGAAGCAGUAACUUAUGUCUCAAUAACAUGAUCACUUCCUGACUCUCAGGAGCAAAUCUUUAAUAAUGUCCAAA